AUGCCAAAUGCAGAAAUAUAUCUCAGAGCAUCAUGUAGACACAGACAGUCGGUUGGAAGAGAGUCUACACAACCUCCAUACUCCCUGCAACACGGCUGUGAACUCUUGUAUAUAUCGUCAACUAUGGCCGACCUGCGUUUUCAAGGAAACAGAGUAGGAAAAUUGACGCCCGCAUCAAUGAGUAAGUUUAAGUUUACCCCACAGAAAUAUUUACAAGACAAUCUUAUAAGAAUGUAUGCCAGGUGCGGAAGUUUAGUUGAUGCGCGCGAAGUGUUUGACCAAAUGAUUGAACGAGAUGUCUUCUCGUGGAAUAUCAUCAUUGCGGCUUACAGAAGAUAUGGGUUUCCACAAGAGGCAUUGGCACUGUUUCACCAAUUGCGACGAACCGGUAUCCAAGCUGAUCAGUUUACCUUUGCCAGCAUACUUCCAACCUGUGCCAAAUUAAGCGCUUUUAAAGAGGGUGUGGAAAUCCAUCAAAGCAUAAUCGAAGGCGGAUUUCCUUCAGAUGUUGUAGUUACGAGUGCUUUGGUUGACAUGUAUGUAAAAUGCGGAAGUAUAAACAAGGCACGUCAACUGUUUGACAAAAUGCCUCAAAGAGAUGUGGUUUCGUGGACUGCAAUGGUUGCAGGAUAUGCACAAAAUGGUGAGCUUGAGGAGGCUCUAAGGCUUUUCAAAGAAAUGCCUCAAAGAAAUGCGGUCUCAUGGAAUGUGAUAAUUGCAGGAUAUGCCCAGAGCGGAUUUGUUGAGAAGGCCUUGGAUACUUUUAAGCAGAUGCAAUUGGCAGGUAUUAAUCCAGUUUCUUCAACCUUUGUCAGCAUUCUCCCAGUUUGUGCCAAAAUGGGAGCUCUGGAACAGGGAUAUGUGAACAAUGGAGCUCUUAACGAGGCUUUAAGACUUUUCACAGAAAUGCCCGAAAGAAAUGUAAUCUCAUGGACUGCAAUGGUUGGAGGCUAUGCACAAAACGGGUUUGAUGAAAAAGCUUUGGAAACUUUUAAGCAAAUGCAACUAGCAGGUAUAAAGCCAGACUCCACCACCUUUGCCAGCAUCCUCCCAGCCUGUGCGAAGAUGGGAGUUGUAGAACAGGGUAUAAACAUCCACCGAAGCAUAAUUGAACUUGGACUUUUGUCUGAUGUUGUACUUGUGAAUGCCCUGAUGGACUUGUAUGCAAAAUGUGGAAGCAUACACAAGGCACGUGCACUUUUCGACAGAAUGCCUCGAAGAGAUGUGAUUGCAUGGAAUGCUCUGAUUGCAGGAUAUGCACAAAACGGCCUUUGCGAGGAUGCUUUCAAACUUUUUGAACUAAUGAGACACUCUGGAACAUGCCCCGACCAUGUAAGUUACACGUGUAUUUUAUUAGCAUGCAGCCAUGCAGGUUUAGUGGAUGAGGGCUGUAAAUACUUUAAUAGCAUGAGCGAGUUCCAUUUCAUUAUGCUUACAAUUGAUCAUUAUGUGUGCAUGGUUGACAUUCUUGCCCGUGCUGGCUAUCUUGAGGAAACUCUAAACUUUAUCAUCAAGAUGCCACUUAAACCUGUGGUGGUUGUGUGGAAAUGUUUGCUUGGUGCUUGUCGACCACAUAAGAAUAUUGGUUUAGGAUUAUUUACAGCAACUCUUCUUUUUGAGCUGGAUCCUGAAAAUGUUGCGGCUUAUGCUCUUCUAUCAAACAUCUAUGCAGAAAUGGGCAUGUGGGGUGAGGUCCAAAUUCUAAGGAGAUUGAUGAAAGAUAGAGGAAUAAAAAAGGUACCUGGAUGUAGUUGGAUUGAAGAUCAGAAAAUGAUACAUGCUUUUUGUGUAGGAGACAAAUCACAUCCAGAGACACAGGCGAUUUAUGCAGGUUGGAUUGAAGACCAGAAAAUGAUACAUGCUUUUUGUGUAGGAGACAAAUCACACCCACAGACACAGGAAAUCUAUGCAGAGUUGGAGAAUUUGUCUAGGGAGAAGAAAGCAACAGAAUAUUUUCUAAAUUCAAGACACACUGAAUGGAAACAAAUCACACCCAUAAACUCAGUAGAUCUAUGCAAAGUAAUUGAACAGCAGACCUCAUAG